CGGGAUAUGGUCAAUUCUCUAAUCAAAUACAUGAAGAGACCAGAGGAUGGAAAGUGCUUCACCUGCCUCUGCAAGGACGGCGUUCUCCGAAUCCUCUACUUCCUACCCGCACCACUCGACGAGCCCACUCCAAUCGCAGUAUACGACGCCAAGCCUCUAUCUCCAGAACUGCUCAAGGCGUACCUUGACUAUAGGAUGGAGUGGAGCCAAGAGGUAGAAGACCGCUUUCGAGGAGUCGAUGGAACAUCUGUUCCACAAGAGCAUUGGUUACAUCCCCCACCGGGCGUAAUCGAAUCCCGGGGUAGCAAGAACGAGCGCGUUGAAGAAAUCAAGAGAUACAAUGACAAAGUACGACAAGGCGAAGGAAGUGGCAAAACAGCGGGGCCAGCUUGUGGAGGCAUGCCCAGCAAUUUUGAUCUUCGUCCACGU